GUCAGCUGACUUCCAGGCUGAAGGAGGGCCGGAGCCAGGGAGUCAUACUGAGGUAAAGGGAGUCUAAUGUUCCCGCUAAUCUUUUAGCAGUCCCCCGCCCCCAAAAAAAGACGGAAUUCGGGUUGUUCCGCGCUUACUUCAGCGGAUCCUACUGAGGACUGAGAAUGGCACGUGAGGCGUGAAGAGCAGCCACCAUGAUUGGAGGACUGUUCAUCUACAACCACAAGGGGGAGGUACUGAUCUCCCGUGUGUACCGUGAUGACAUAGGGAGGAAUGCGGUGGAUGCGUUCCGUGUGAAUGUGAUCCACGCCCGGCAGCAGGUGCGCUCGCCCGUCAGCAACAUCGCACGCACAAGCUUCUUCCAUGUGAAGCGCUCCAACAUCUGGCUGGCGGCCGUCACCAAGCAGAACGUCAACGCCGCCAUGGUGUUCGAGUUCCUCUACAAGAUGUGCGACGUGAUGGCGGCCUACUUCGGCAAGAUCAGCGAGGAGAACAUCAAGAACAACUUUGUCCUCAUCUACGAGCUUCUGGAUGAGAUUCUGGACUUUGGAUAUCCUCAGAACUCGGAGACUGGAGCACUGAAGACGUUUAUUACGCAGCAGGGCAUUAAGGGUCAGACGAAGGAGGAGCAGUCUCAGAUCACCAGCCAGGUGACGGGGCAGAUCGGUUGGCGUAGGGAGGGCAUUAAAUACCGCCGUAACGAGCUUUUCCUGGACGUGCUGGAGAGUGUCAACCUGCUCAUGUCCCCGCAGGGUCAGGUGCUGAGCGCGCACGUGUCGGGUCGCGUGGUGAUGAAGAGCUACCUGAGUGGGAUGCCCGAGUGCAAGUUCGGCAUGAACGACAAGAUCGUCAUUGACAAGCAGGGGAAAGCCGCCGCGGGCGAUGACACCGGGAAGAGCGGAAAGCAGUCCAUCGCCAUCGAUGACUGCACCUUCCACCAGUGUGUCCGUCUCAGCAAGUUCGACUCGGAGCGCAGCAUCAGCUUCAUCCCCCCAGAUGGCGAGUACGAGCUCAUGAGGUAUCGCACCACUAAGGACAUCAUCCUGCCAUUCCGCGUCAUCCCGCUGGUCCGUGAGGUCGGGCGCACCAAGCUGGAGGUCAAAGUCGUCAUCAAGUCCAACUUCAAACCAUCCUUACUGGCACAGAAGAUUGAGGUGCGCAUCCCCACCCCUCUGAACACGAGCGGCGUGCAGGUGAUCUGCAUGAAAGGCAAAGCCAAGUACAAGGCCAGUGAGAACGCCAUUGUGUGGAAGAUUAAGCGCAUGGCUGGAAUGAAGGAGUCUCAGAUCAGCGCUGAGAUCGAGCUGCUGCCCACCAACGAUAAGAAGAAGUGGGCUCGUCCUCCCAUUUCAAUGAACUUUGAGGUUCCGUUCGCUCCAUCUGGUCUGAAGGUUCGCUAUCUGAAGGUGUUCGAAUCCAAGCUGAACUACAGCGACCAUGACGUCAUCAAAUGGGUUCGCUACAUCGGCCGCAGCGGUAUCUACGAGACGCGCUGCUGACCACGUGACUAGCUGUCUCCCAUCCCACACUUUCCCUCUGAGAUAGGUGGAUGAGUUAAACUAAACAAACAGUAGAGAAUUAUGCAAACGUGAACCGUGUCCUGUGUGUAUGAACAGUUAUAAUGGAGAGAGAGAAAGAGAGAGUUAUAGAAUAAGGGCGUGUCCAAAACGCUAAUUAACAUCCUAGUGAUAUGACGCUGCAUGAGCGGACUUCCUCACUGUCACUCGGAUGUUAUGGCGUGUAGGGCGGUGCAGUGCUGUGAGGAUCGAUGUGAUGUGUAAUGUUCUCUCUCUCUCUCUCUCUCUCUCUCUCUCUCUCUCUCUCUCUGAUAUCGCUGUCUCUAACAGUAAACGUAUAUACAAAUAUAUUAAAAAAUGCAAAACUGUGUCUUAUUCCUCUCUGCAUCCACAUGGUUAAAACCCAUAACACCUACCUAGAAAACUCCCUCAACGUCAAAUCAAAAUGGCUGCCCAGAGCAUGAAUGGUAAACACAGCCACAUCUCUUACCUUUUAAAUGAGUUGCACUGUAUAUACACACACAUUAGCUUUAGAGCAACAGUCAGACUUCGCGUCGUUUGUUAAAUCUCCGACACCGAGUUGUUACAUGAUCGGUAUGUGUACCUAGUCUAGCAGCUGAGUUUUGAAUAUAUUGCACCCUAGCAGUAGAAUUCGCAGGUAAACCAGUGAAGAGAGCAUUGCAGUAGUCAAGCCCUGAGGAUAUAAAUGCGUGAAUAAGUGUUUCAGUGUCUUUGAGGCUAAUGAAGGGAUGGAGGCGAGCAACGUGACAAAAUGUAGACCAAGAGAACCCGGUUAAACAAAUGAGAAAAAAUUAUUAUACUUGGUCAUUUAUUGAGGAAAAUGAUCCAAUAUUAUAUGUGUGUGUGGCAAACGUAUGUGCACCUCUAGGAUUAGCAGAUUAAUGUGAAGGUGAAAUUAGAGUCAGGUAUUU